UUUCAUUUGAUCGUUCCGACGUGCAAUUCGCUCUGGUUGAUCUACAAUGUAAUGAUUAGCUAACUAUGAGUUCCCGGUCCUGUUGCAUGUAGUCUGUUGAUUUAUUUUUGUUGCUCACUCAAAAACAGUCCGCUGUAACCAUCGAACACAAUAUCGUUUUCAACUAUCCGAGUGGCGGAAACAGACAGCAGUGAAAUGGUGGUCCCAACGACGGUUUACAUUCGAUUUCCUUUGUACAAUUACAGUCAUAAAUAUAAAAAUUUGGAUAAAAUCAUUGACGUCGUAAAACAUUUCCUAGAAGAAUAUGAACAAAUAAUCCUGCACAAAGAUUUGUAUCGGGGUGUUUUCCAUAGUUAUUUGCGGGAGAUUCGAAUGAAGGUGAAACAUCUGUUGGCUAAAUUUCAAGCAGCGCCAUAUGACGAUGGAAGUUGGAGAGCAGACAAAGAGUUGUUUUGCUGUGGGCUUGCCUUUGACGACGCUGGGGACUUGCGAAGACAUUAUCGCGCUGUACACAAUGAUCCUUUCGUCCGAUACACUAAUACUUUAGAGCUCAAAUCAUCACUGGCAAAGCUGGACCACAUGAGGCAUCGGUUGGAUGAGUAUAUAAACUUCGGUCGAGAAUACAAUCUAGAAUUGCUGACCAAUUUGAAAAGAGUUCUUAAAAAAAUAUCAAACACUCUAAAAUUUUAAUCAAAGAAAAUAGCAAAAAAAAAUUAUGUGACGAGGUGUCUUAACAACAUAAAUAUACGCUUAAGAAAAAAAAGUAAA